GGGAGUGGUGGGAGCGCAUUCAGCGCGGAACUGUGAUCCAAGCGAGCGAAAGUUUGUGGGACUGCCGGGGUUUCGUCGAAGGCCUGCCAACGCCGCCGAGGAUUUGCAACGCGUCCGAGCAGCGUCUGACCGAGAAGUCGACAUACCCUGCACAGUGAUGCUGCCUACGCGCUGGCUGUGCCUCCUGGCCGUGUUCCUGGUGCAGUGUCGAGCGCAGCAACACCACAGGGGGGUAUCGCCCGAGCGGUCGGCCUUCUUCGGCACCAUCAAGCAGGAUGCCGCCGUGCCCGCAGAACAGAGGAACUACGCCUUUUUCAGGAACGCUCUGCUAAGCGGCCGAGUACCGUACCGGAGUUCCGCACUGUUCUACAACGAGCCCGAGCGGCGCGGUCGGUCGGGCCGACACAGGAUGUCCUUCUACGACAUGGGUCUGGAAAAGCGGUUCCCGGAGGUUGACCAGAGGGGUUUCCACGAAGACAUCUUCGAAGAGAGUUUCGGAGACUUCAGCCCCGUCAAAUAAGGCCCCGGCCAGAUGUGACGCGCGAAACCCAACAUGCUCCUCGCCCACCAGCCACCAAGCCGGCGAUGCCGUACAUUCAAUGUCGAUUGUUCGUUCAUAAACCAAAAACUACUCGCGCCUUGUCAGCGCUGUGGAGACCUUGCGCUGGGAGCACCAGAAGUGUAAAUGGAACGUGGGUCGCGUUUGUGUUACUUGCGGGACCUUGUGCCACUCGAGCAGCUGCCAAGGCCUAUGCUUUCAUAACGUGUCUGCUGCUGCAUUACGUUACUCUGGGUAAAGCUAUAAGCGAUGUAGCGUUUUCGUAUGCUUUCACAAGAAGUGUGGGCACUGCGAAAAAUUAUCUAAACCACUGUACACAGGCUGGGUUGGUUGAAUGCUCCAUUCUCCUUUUUCAGACCGAUUUCUCAUUUUCCAGUGCAGGGUAGCGAACCAAAAACAUUCUGCUUACCCCCCCCCCCCCUGUCUUCCCUUUAUGCAUAUCUUCUUCUAUGUAAACGUAUAAGCAAGAAAGAUCAUUUUCAAUGCUUGGUACAAGGCUAAAGCUAAACUAUACUGAUGUACACUUUAGAGUUAUGUGCGUAUUUAAAGGAUCAAUACGACAACGCGCACCUGCUGACAGUCACUCAGGACUUGGAUGAUGGUAGCGUAAACAACCUUUUUUUGUCUCAAAUGAAGUGUUUGUGGGUGUGUUUUAUUUCAAACUGCAUGGCACGAGCUGCAGAACAAGUCAUGUUUGGGCGAUCGCUGCAUGACCGCAACCACUGCAUUCGUGGUAAAGCGUUAUCUUGCCCAGAUAGUUGUGAAUGCCUGUUUCGAGUUAUCGACCGGAGCAAUCAGCGAGACAUAAUGCCACGAAAUCGUCACAAAGACAUGAAAGUAAUUUUCUUAUUUUUUCUUUGCCAUCAGAGCCUUCUUUUACGACGCUCUAAUAUCGACUGUUGUGUUAUAAUUCUUCUUUUAAAUUAUGGCAUCACUAUAGGUCAUUUUGCUAGGCUGUGUGACAGAGAGUCAUUCAACUACUCUUUUAAAUGCCAGAAGUAAAAAAAAAGUAUAAGACUAUCGUUUCCUUCCUUCCUCGGCCCGUCAGUUGCUGUCAACGUCUAUGCUCCAAGAUAUUGCAUCCGACGUUUUUAUUGUUUCACUCUAUCAGACGACCGGGCACGUCACUCCCCAUUUACUUCACUGAAACAUAAAACAAGCUCACCCGGACAUGUCAUCAGAGCUCACAGAUGACGGAAUUCCCGCAUGGUUGCUGCGGAGGCUUCAAGCACACAGGAUAUCAUUUGACAAAGGAAGUUGUUGGUAUACACCAAGCGAGAACGCACCUUAAGUUGCACGCUUUCCGCUUGUACAAUCUCAGAAAAAAAGAUUCUUUUCGCUAUUUUGUGGGUGUUGUGACAUAGAAGAAUUGGUAUCGAGACGUAUGACUCUCUUUAACGAGACACGUGAACUCUCUUUGGAAAACAUUGUUCUCUCGCCAUGAAGUCGUGACACCCAAAAAAAGAAGUUAACGUGUCUUUUUAAAAAGAGUCACGCGUGGCCGAUCAAUGGACUCAUAUAUACUCUUUUUUUUUAUUAGAGUGCAAGCGGAACGUGAGCACGCGAGUCUUAUAUUAGACGUCUACUAAAAUCCUAGAAACCCCUUCCUACGCCAAAAUGCAGUUGCACCAGCACCCUUACUAAAAGGUUAAUCAGUUCUCGCAACUUGCAACAUUUAUGGGAUACAACACAAGGUUAAAACGACUUAUCAUAAAGCGGGACGACUUCUUCGGGGUAAAAGAUUGAUACAUGCACUGUUGUAAGCCUGGAGACACUUCUUGACGCAGUCUGGUGGUUCCAUGCGCAAGGUUUCUACACUGUUGCAUUUGUAGUGUUGUCAAAAGAAAACAUGUUCAAAAGCAUUUUCUGAAGAGAGGGAAAGUGCAAUGAACUAGAGAAACGGUUAAAAAGCUGGGAAUGCCCGCAAACAAUGUGACAUGAAACUCGAUCUCUGUGUGCAUUAAAUGUAAAUAGCUCGUUGCCGUAAAAUUUAUGCUUUGCUGUGUUCGAGCUCCUUAGUCCUUAGAUGAAACUUCAAGUGAUUUUUUUCUCCUGCCGUCAGCAGCAAACGUAAUUAUUUUUUCAUUCCAAGCUUUCUGUACAGAAAAUCUUGUUUCUGAGGUCAUUCCAUGUGAAUAAACAUGUUAUACCUUUAGCGCUACGACGCAGCUUGAAAAGUGGUUCUCCCCUGCGCACCAGUGACAAUCGACUGCGCAGUCUUAAAGCGUGAAAUUAUAGGCUUACUUUGUAAGUUUUAUGUAUUUUUAUUGUAACAAAGACACUGUAGGCACCAAAAUCCUCACUGAUUUGAAAUGGCUAAGUUGUCCUUAGUCUUCACUAUACGAACAAGUGAACGUUGGGUGAUAUUCUAACAGUAAAAAUACGCCUGCUUAAGACGCACGCAAAGAGUUGUCAGGCUGUCACGCACUUCUUUGUAUUGAUGACAGCGUGAACGAAUAUGUCUGUUCAAUGACAUCACAGUGAAUACAAACUGUUAGACGCUGCACACGUAGCCUUGUGGUGAUUUUUAUGUUAUACAAAAUAGGCAAGAAAAAGACAUGACGCAUGAAAAGGCGCUGGGUUCUUUCAGUUUACGCGAGAGUGGAAGUUUGACUUUCUAGAUUCGUGCAAAAAAUGUGGUUUCCACCUUAUUUUGGUGCUUUCGGUUUCUCAUGUGACUUUGUACAACGUAGAGUAAACGUAACCAAAUCUUACCUAUAUUACCACGCGUGUCAAACUGCAUAUCCUUAUCAUGGCUAUAGGAACGCCAAAAUUCUGAAACCCCUUUUCUGUAACCAAAGCCACAGAAGGCUCUGUCAUUACGGCGAUUAUUAGAAUACACCGACUAUUUACGCCAUGGUCGGCGACAAAUCGUCAUUCAGCCGCUGCAUUGUGGAAGUUUAUUUGUAAUCUGGCGACCGUGUGCCAGCCGCUCCUAUCACACACCUCUGAAUGACUGACGCGCAGUGUGAAUAAUCGGAGUACCCUUGCUAUUGAAUAUGUGCUUACUGAUGAACAAUAAAAGCUGAUGGACGUAUUGCUCUUA